AUGCCGUCCCGUCGUCCUCGCACACCGUCGCGAUCGUCGUCGCCCUUCCGUGGCUCCUCCCGUUGCCUUCCCGUCGCCCAUCCCGUCGCCCAUCCCGUCGCCCAUCCCGUCGCCCAUCCCAUCGCGCAUCCCGUCGCCCAUCCCGUCCCUCCCCUCGUCGCCCUCUCACACGCCCCGAAACUUCCUCCCGUCGCCCUUCCUCUCUCCCAUCCCGUCGCUCCCCUCGUCGCCCUCGCCAACCGUCGGAAACUCCCUCCCGUCGCCCUUCCUCUCUCCCAUCCCGUCGCUCCCCUCGUCGCCCUCUCACACGCCCCGAAACUUCCUCCCGUCGCCCUUCCUCUCUCCCAUCCCGUCCCUCCCCUCGUCGCCCUCGCCAACGCCCCAAAACUCCCUCCCGUCGCCCUUCCUCUCUUCCAUCCCGUCGCUCCCCGCGUCGCCCUCGCACACGCCCCGAAACUCCCCACCGUCGCCCUUCCUCUCUCCUAUCCCAUCACUCCCUGCCGUCGCCUUUACAUCUCUCCCCUCCCAUCUCCCGCAUCGCGGAUGAAUUGGACGGUGCUCGCUGUUGGGAAGAAUGAGAGUGGGAUGUCGCAAACUUGCAACAUUCUUGUGUGCAAAUCCAAGUGA